CGGUGCCCUGGUGCCCUGUCGUGCCCGUUGUCGCGGGGCUUCUGCCGCCUUCCUGCCAACGUACCGCGGGGUCCGGGCAGAGCCUCACCUGCCCCCCCUCUUCUCCUCCGUCCUGCUGAGGAGCCGCUUGCUGCCCUGCUGCCCGGCCUAGCCGAGUGAGGCGUGCGGUGUGAAGAAGGCAGCGUCGCUGGGCCAUGAGCGCAGACGGCAGCGCAGCUGGGCUCGGCUCCAGCCGUCCUGGUGCUGUCCCACCCAGAAAGUAUUCAGAUGGAGCGUGUGACUUUCCUCUGAGGUUUGCCUGCAACUUAGGGGGAGAGCUGGUUUUGCACGGUAUUUUGUGCAGUAGAUCAUCUGCGUGUACUGCGGUUGGCUGCCACCCUGUUACAUUGGAAAUGUUAUCCUGGUGGUCCAGCCGCCUCCUUGCUGUUAUGUUCCACUUCUUUUAUUGGUUUGUUUUGAGGACUUUUUCUUUGUUAUGAAGUCUGCUGCUCAGGGGUUUUGCUAAGGAAGCAGAUCUUGCUUCUUACGUCACUCUGAAAGUCAACAUUAUGAUUGCUGGCAUGUCGGUCUGGUCUGUGAGCUUCCAACUGCAUUUGAUCUGAUUGUCUCAACUUACUGUUGUCUUGGGAAGGUAGAAAGUGCAAAAAACUUUGGAUAACAGCACCACCAGUAAAUCUGUUAGAGGCUUACCACAGCAAAGGUAUCAUUGGGGCUUAAAAAGGUUCUCUAAUGAUCUUGCUUCGCCAUGGCAACCAAUAUGGAGGUGCUGGCUCAGCAGGUAGUGGAGGCUCAGCAGGUGGCUGAGGUGCAGACUGUUCAGGCUUCACUAUCUGAAUCUCCAGUGAUGACCAGCCCUUCCCAACGUAUCCAGAUUAUUUCCACGGACUCUUCUGUAGGUUCACCACAACGCAUUCAGAUUGUGACAGAUCAGCAGACAGGUCAAAAAAUCCAGAUAGUGACAGCAGUGGACUCAUCUGUGUCUCCAAAGCAACAGUUUAUUUUAGCAAGUCCAGAUGGAACUGGUACGGGAAAGGUGAUAUUGGCAGCACCUGAGACAUCUAAUGCCAAACAGCUUAUCUUUACGACCACAGACAACAUUGUGCCAGGCAGAAUUCAGAUAGUGACAGACUCUGCUUCGGUGGAACGUUUACUGGGAAAAGCUGAUGUUCAGCGGCCCCAGGUAGUAGAAUAUUGCGUGGUCUGUGGUGAUAAAGCAUCAGGUCGUCACUAUGGUGCUGUCAGUUGUGAGGGAUGUAAAGGCUUCUUUAAAAGGAGCGUGAGGAAGAAUUUGACCUACAGUUGUCGUAGCAACCAGGAUUGUAUCAUCAAUAAACACCAUCGGAAUCGCUGCCAAUUUUGUAGGCUUAAGAAAUGUCUAGAGAUGGGCAUGAAAAUGGAAUCGGUUCAAAGUGAAAGAAAGCCUUUUGAUGUGCAACGUGAAAAACCAACCAACUGUGCAGCUUCCACCGAAAAGAUAUAUAUCAGAAAAGACCUACGAAGCCCUUUAAUAGCAACUCCAACGUUUGUGGCAGAUAAAGAUGGGGCACGGUCAGCAGGUCUUCUUGAUCCAGGAAUGCUUGUGAAUAUUCAGCAGCCUUUGAUCAGGGAUGAUGGUACAGUCCUUCUAGCUGCUGACUCCAAGGCUGAGACAAGCCAGGGUGCUUUAGGAACACUAGCAAAUGUUGUAACAUCUCUUGCUAACCUCAGUGAGUCACUGAAUAAUGGAGAUACUUCUGAAAUUCAACAAGAAGAGCAAUCUGCAAGUGAGAUUACACGGGCAUUUGAUACUUUGGCUAAAGCACUUAAUACCACAGAUGGUACAGCCGCUCAUAACUUGGCAGAUGGGAUGGAUCCUACAGGAGGAGGGAAUAUUCAUGUAAUCAGUAGAGAUCAGUCAACACCAAUUAUUGAAGUAGAAGGACCCCUACUUACAGAUACACAUGUCACAUUUAAGCUGACAAUGCCCAGUCCAAUGCCAGAGUACCUUAAUGUACACUACAUCUGUGAGUCAGCGUCACGACUACUUUUCCUGUCUAUGCACUGGGCUAGAUCCAUACCUGCAUUUCAAGCACUUGGGCAGGAUUGUAAUACGAGCCUUGUGCGUGCCUGCUGGAAUGAGCUGUUUACCUUAGGCCUGGCACAGUGUGCACAGGUGAUGAGUCUGUCUACUAUCCUAGCAGCUAUUGUUAACCAUCUCCAGAACAGCAUACAGGAAGAUAAGCUUUCUGGAGACAGAAUAAAGCAAGUCAUGGAACACAUCUGGAAACUUCAGGAGUUCUGUAACAGCAUGGCCAAGAUUGAUAUUGAUGGAUAUGAAUAUGCAUACCUUAAAGCUAUAGUCCUCUUUAGCCCUGAUCACCCUGGUCUGACCAGUUCAACCCAAAUAGAAAAAUUCCAGGAGAAAGCACAGAUGGAAUUGCAGGACUAUGUCCAAAAAACUUAUCCAGAAGAUACGUAUAGGUUAGCCCGGAUUCUAGUUCGCCUGCCAGCACUUAGGCUGAUGAGCUCUAGCAUUACUGAGGAACUAUUUUUUACUGGUCUCAUUGGAAACGUUCCAAUUGACAGUAUAAUCCCCUACAUUCUCAAAAUGGAAACAGCAGAAUAUAAUGGUCAAAUAACUGGCACAUCUGCGUAGUGGGAACAACACAAUUUGAUGGAUCAAAGUAAUUUUCAUAAAAGCAUACAAUUGAGAAGUUAAAAGAAUAGCAUUUUGGUAUGUACAAAUAUUUCCAACUUAUUACGCGUUUCCUAUCAGAUUUCUCCUUGUCUGUUUCCCAACAUUGACAAAAUUGAAACGGCUGUUAAAAGAGCUGCUACAGGACCUUUUCUGCCAUAAGGAAUAUUUUGGAUGCCUUUCAUUCAAAUUAAUUAGUAAUUAAGUAGAAUUACUGAACAUAAUUUUCAUGUGCUUUGUAUUUAGAAAUUAUCAGUGGUUAAAAAUAGAGUUUUAUAAUAUCACAGACUAGUAAUAAGAUUACUUUAAAAGUAAAAAUGACCAGUAUGUAUAUAUUAAAAAUAACCUUGGAAUUAAUAUCUAAUAAUUGCCAGGGAGUAAUACUAGCACUUUGUAAACACUUGUCGCCGAAACGGUAAUAUCAUCAAUGUCCUGCUUAUGAGUAGGGAGAAUGAAAAAAAUUACUUAUGUCCUUAGUCAAAAUGCUAGUGAUGUAUGUGAAAAUGUAGAAUGCUACAGGAGACAAUCAUUUAUUCUACAAAAAGUCACUCCAUCUUACGUUAUACGUUAAAUAGUAAUGUGGAUUCUUAAAUCAGAUAUCCACAUUAUAUGGAACUAUAUUGUUAAGUUAGUGACAUUGUAAUUAAUGGCAUGGUGUGACCAUAGUGACUAUUACAUGCUACAGAAAUUACCCAGACCAGGAGAAAAAAACGUAUUUCUUGCCACAGUAGUGGUGAAUUAUUCAGGUUCGUUGAAGUUUCUAUUCAGCCCAAAAGUCAUGAUAAAUGUUAUCCUAGUAGGAAGCCUUUUAACUGUGGGGAAGGACAGUCGUUAACUGGAAGAACACUCUUUUUCAGUUAGAGCUGUUAUGCACUUCGAGUAUGCUCUAUGUAUUCCCAAAUUUAUUCCUCUCUGUACUCCUUCACACUAUCAUCAUCCAGCCAAAGAUACAAUUUAAAACCUGAAAUAGUGGGAACCUCUGUUUGUCAGCAAGAGUAUAUUAUAAAGCUCUCACUUUAUUUCUCUCCCCUUCCAUGACAAAGCGCUCCCGGUCUGCAGUGCUUUCAACCUUCCUGUGAAUCAGUUUGAAACAGAAGUAUAGAUGGGAUUUACAUUUUCAUGUAUCAUUGCAGUUAAUGACUGAUAUACCAUAGAGUGUUAAAUUAAAAACUUUUUUUUAACUGUCUGAAGUAAUGAGCUAUCUACAUGUUUUCUAGUACUGGCCUGCAAGUAAUGCAUCCAGCAUUACUUUUGUUUUAGUAUAAUUUAUUAUUGACAUUAAGUAUUUUAAAUGAUCAAAGUUGUUGUUUUUUUUAAAAAAAAAGUCAUGGUGGUUAAUACCUUCGUCAGAUCCUGGCAUAUUAAAAGCAUUAAUUAGUUUAAUGAUUUGUUUGGUAGAGGCAUUUUCUAUUUGUAUAUUUUUAUGUGACAAAAAUCUAAUGAUGAAUUCAGCAUAUUUUUUUUCUUCCAGUAGUGAUCCAUAUUUAGAAACACCAGGCAGGUUGGUGUUUGUGUCUUAAGAGUCUCUAGAUGAGGCUUCUGAUAUGCUAAAAAUUCUGACCUGGUAUACUUCAUUCUCAUUAGGAGGCUCACAUUUGUAUAGCUCUUUACGACAUGAGUGCUACAUGGCUACAGCUAUGUAAUUUUCACUUCUGGAUGCAUUAAGGUCUUGUACAGUCACCAUCAUUAGAACAUUCAGAGUCUUCUGUUCUCAAAAGGUUGUAACAAGGAGACCAAUAUACAUGCAGAGAUCUAAAAUACUGCACUUUUCUCUCAGCUUUUGCUAUAACAAAUGACAUUCUUACAUUUCUAAUGUGAUGGAAGGCCUGCACCCUAAACAUUAAGUUAACUGGAAUGCAAAACUUUGUACUAGCUGUUGUAUUUCAAUAUAGCUUAUUGUGUGAUUGUGUCAGCACUUCUGAUGCAAAAUCCCUGUUUUAAGGGUAUAAAAACUAUUUGUGGCUUUAACAAGAACAGAAGUACUCACCUUGGAAAGAGUUGUGGCUGUUUUUGAUAUUUUCUUUUAAAAAAGGGUUAUGUCAUUGUUAUAAAAGUGGUAUACAUUGAACAUGUGAUUUUUUUUUACAAAAAAAACCAAAACAAUUAGUUUAAUUUUACUUCAGUAAUUUGUAAAUAUAUAUAUAUAUAAAAUAAUAAUUCAGGCAACUAAGUAGGCAUUGUUAAGGACAAAUUAAAUAUUAUUAAGCACAAAAGAUAGCCAUUGAAUUUUUUUUCCAAAUUUGAAUACACAGCUGAUAUUUUUUCAUGGCAAGCGUUGUUUUUACUUCAGCUUUUAAAGUAAAAGGGUCCCAUUUUCAAUGCAAAAAUUUGUUUUCUUCGUUUUUCUUAUUAGUGCUGUGACCAUAAUUGUUCAGGGAACAAAAUAAAGCCCACUAUAGUUUUUUGUGCAUGGAGGGAUCACGUGAAGUAAAAUUUAAAAUGUAUGCAUUGCAUUACAUUUGUAGAUCAAAAUAGUAAAUACCAUGCAGCUCUGUUUACAAAUAAACUACACUCCCUACAAAUGCAAGGCCACAUAAUGAUAUCCUUGAUAGAUCUCUGUUAGUCCCUUACUCUGCAAAUAGAUUCUUGGACUGUAACAUGAUUUUACCUAGGAUAAAACAGUAAUUUAUGUAAAUAAAAUUACCACAGUGCAACACAUAUCUAGGGUUUAUUUAUCAUGUGUGCAUUUAAUUGAUAGAAUUAAACAGUUACAUACAAAAGAUUCUGAUAAUCGCCUAAAAUAAUACUCUUUGUGUAGCAUCAUCAGCAUGAUUUGCAGACUUGCAUUAGUCAGAACCAAUAUAAUUUAGUCCUUAUGCCAUUGACGAAUAUGUACAUUCUCCAACUAUACACUGUUUUGAUUCUAAGAAUAAGUUUGUUUUGUGGAAAUUUGGACUGCAGAUGGUAGAUUCUUCAGCUUAAGAAAUAUUCAGAUUCUAAAAUGUUUUUGCCUAUUUGAAUACUAACUAUAAAUUGUAAAAUAGUUGUGAUGAGUAAUCUAACACUUUUUUCUCACAUGCUGCUCAAGGGCUGACACAAAAAUGAGGUUUGGCAUGUGAAUGAGCCAUUGAAAGCAGUCACUGCCAUAUGAAACUAUAAACCAUCUUCUCCAGUGUAGUUGCUCUAAAUUUAAAGUGUAAUCUGUCAGUGAAGCUAUUUUAUUUAACAUUGAAAUAAAUGUUUUUCCUUCCCUUACCUGUCCGUUAACAGAAAACAGAUGUUCCAGAGACACAGAACCAGCAAAGAGGUUCUUUCUGCCACCAGUUUAGGUGUUGCUUGCUAGUGACAGCAAAAGGGCACAGCUGAGGAAAAUUGGUCUCAUGAAAUUGUUCCUGCUCUAUGUUAACCUUUGUUACUAUUUUCAACCUCUUGAAGUAGUUGGACUUUCAGGCCACUCUAACAUAGUGAAAGCAGAACAACAGACGUGGUACAGCUGCAAGCUUAAGAGUCUUAAAUCAUCUUUGCAUGACCAUUACCUAGUUUGCAGUUUAGCUGCAUAAUAAAUUCUGAUCCCAUAUAAUCCAACUAUGUUAUAUAAGGAAGAGGUUAUUACUACUGCAAAAAAUACUACGAGGCUAAUGUAGUUCUUGUCAUAUCUGAGUUUGCUAGUGACUGGAAAACACUCACAGACUAAUCUCAUUAACUUUGCUUCUAAAUGACUUUUACUUUGUUUCUUCUUUGCAAGUGUGAACUUUUUGCUUGUGAAUAUGGAGCAGGAUUUUUUUUAAUUAUUGUCACACAUUUUUUGAAAAAAUAUUUCUUGAUUUUUAAGUAUGGAAAUAGCUUCUUUUCAUAAAGGCCUAAUUUCAAGCCAGUUAUGUUUACAGAACUAGGGCUCAAAGGAUCAUAGUCUGAAAGCGAUUCUAAGAAAAGUAGUGUCUUGCUGAAACUCUACAUAGUGCCUAAAAUAUAGUGUUCAGAAUCUUCUAGGUCCUGUUCCCAUUGCUGUUAAAAUGAAAAUAUUAUAACUGGGUAGAAAAAUAUUGAUAAACUAUCUAAUUAGAUCUAUCUGAACUUGAUUACAUAUGUAUAUUGGUAAUAAUUCAUUCAUAUAAAUGUUAAAAUUCUGUACUGACAAACUGGUGUGAGAAGGACUCUUGAGAAGGAACUGGAUUUGGAUCUUGUAGAUAAAGAUAAAUGAGCAAUAAUAGUGUAGGAGCAUUUGGGUUUACCUUUGUAAUAAUUAUUGCUUUUGUUACAAAGGCAAAAAUGUACACUAAUUUACUUACAUUGAACAAAUGGGAUGCAGGACUAAGACCACAUGCAAAAGUCAUGUUUCUCUGCCUAUUUACAUUUGUUGUAAAUUAAAUACAAUGCUUUUGGUGCCAGUGGAGCUAUUCUGGUGUGAAACUGGUAGAGAAGGAAAUAAUCAUCUCAAAGAAUUUUAAGAGAGAUCCUUCAAAUAAGCCUCUAUUUUAGCUGCAAUAAAAUGUUAUAUUAUUGAAAAGGCUCAGAUUUCAGAGUACUCUGAAAUGGGAAGAUGGGAAACUAUUGUUGGUCACUGGUGAUUACUUGGUAUUGGUUACUAAGUCUUUUUAUUGUCAUUUCUGAAGUACUUGGCCCUCCGGGCAGCCAUAAGGCCUCCAGUGAAUACUACUGACUCGAGAUUUCUGUGCUGAAAACGGCUGCCUCUGCAUUCUCAUUAUAGUACCCUUCAGCAAAGGGCAUAUUCUGAGGUGUAAUAGGGAAAACAAGUCAGGGCUCAGCUUCCAGGCCAAACCAGUCUCCUGAGGGUGCCACUUCUUUGGUAGAGACUGUGAAACACUUCAAUGUUUCCAUUGUUAUGUGUAAUACACAGGACUUUUACAGGUUCCUGAAUGAGUUCAUUCAAGAUACUGAAGAUGCUAGUGCGUUUCCCUGUCCAUUCCAAUUAAGAGGAUAGUUGGGAUUCUUCUCUGAUUACCUGUUGUUUAAUAAGCAAGCGAUAAUUUUAAAAAGCACCAAACAGCGUGAGUACAAAGGAUAUCAGGAAUAUAGUUUAGCCAGGAAAAGGGAAUUUAUUAGGUUGAAGAUUGUAGCAAAGAAGCAGUGAUCAAAGCAGGUUUCUGCAAUAACAGCACCAUUGAGGGGGCCGUAUUUCAGUUGGGUGAUGUGAGCAGUAGAACUGGUAGGUCAGUCAGACACGCGCUUCCGGCAAGUGUUUCAAAAAACUAAACUCUGAGUUGUGAUAGAAUCAUUGCUCAGUUCCACAGCAUUUAAGGCACCUAUAAAGUAAAAGUGAAACACUGUGUAGUUGUUAUUGGCUUCAACUGCUGCUAACUGUAGUUUUCUUCGGAUGCCUAUAAAUGAUGUAAGUGCACAGUCAUUUGAGCACUGCUUAGUGAGGAAAGAACAGGUGCACCAGUAAACAUGUACAGGAUCACACCCCUAGCAAAUAAAUAAAUUCCUAUUUGGUAUCUCUCACCUCUCCUUUGUUUAUUCUUUAGAGCACAAAAGUGGGGAGGUGAUUCUUUUUUCCUUCUGCUGUUGCCACAAGUGAAAAAGCAGAAACAUCAGGCGAACAAGUAGGUUCCCAUCUGUCCCAGUAGUUUGUCAUUCUUGCCAUGCAACAAUGUUACAGCUGUUGCAAUGGCUUGCUCUGAUGGUAAAUGUGGGCCUGUUGUGGCAGCAGCACACAGCAUCUGCAGGCCUGAUACCUCCAUAUAUCCAGGUGGAAUCAGCAAAAUGAGGCUAUGUUUCACCCCUUAGAUGAGAAUAAGGGGCAGAUUAAUGACAAAUUGUCAGCUUCUACUGAAUUUUGAAUGUCAGAAAGCAAUUUAAAAAAAAAUGGCUUUAUAUGAAAAUCAACAAAAGAGUGUGGUAAAGGGGAGCAAAUGCAUUUGCUUUUUGCACCUUCUAAUUCUGAAGUUGCUGAGUCACUUAUCAGUAAAAUCUCCUGAAUUAAAUUCAGGCUUAUUGUUCGACUAAAGAUGCCAUAAGCCCUCUUGUUAGAUAAUGAUACAAUCCUACUUCUGCUCCAGUUAAUAUUAUCAACGUUAUAUGGGAAAUAAUUUGUGCUAAAAAAAUAUUAGAACAUUGUGUACCAAUGGUGCAGCUAAAAUAAAUUUUUUCAUAAAGUUUAAAUACUGUAAGUCUAAAUAUAUUAGACUUGGAAAACAUCAAGCCCCAGAAUUACCUUAUUACUGGGUUUUUGUUGUGAAAUCAUGGUAAGUUCAUCACAGAUAAUACUGUCAUAAUGUUCCAUGAUUCCCAUGGUCUGUUUUAUCAUUUGAGUUACAUGAAUGCUUUGAAAAUGGCUUAUUGUUAAAUUCAUGCCAUUCUUCUUCCUCUCUUCUUAAAGAAUUUAUUUUACACAUCUUUGUGCCUCCCACCAGUGUGCAUUUCUUCAUGUUCAAUACUAAAACUCAAGCAGCUAAUGCCUAUGUACAUAGUUGUAUGUGUGUAUGAAUGUAUAUGUUUAUAUCUGUCUAAAUACAUUAUGUACAGUGUAUAUAAAGGGUGCAGUGUAUGUAUGUAUAUAUGUACAGAUACAUAGCCAUGUAUUCAUGAUAUUCUUUAUGUUAAACUUUUCAUUCAUUUUCUAAUCCAGAGCUUUUUAGCUGUCGUUUCUUAGCACAAACUAAGCCUGGCUUAAGCAGGUAAAUCCCCAUGAUUUUCAGAGCUUUGCACCUUUUUCUAAACCCGGCUUGAAUAUCACAGAAUCACAGAAUUGUAGGGGUUGGAAGGGACCUCAAGAGAUCAUUGGGUCCAACCCCACUGCCAAAGCAGGUGAAUGUGGUAUUUUCUUUUCAGUACUGAUAAAUAAAUUCAGUGAAGCUUGUGUCUUUUACAUUUUUCCCGUUAUGUUUUCAUGUUUGAUGGGUGAGGUCAGCCAGUGAAGAGUAAAUAGAACCUAAAAUGUCUGUUAAAAAUAAGUGUAUGAAUAAAAAGACGAGAAAGAAAGUACUCAUAGAAAGUACUUCCACAUUUCAGUAUAUGCUCACUCAUUCUCUUUCAGCUUUCUGAGAAAUGUUUUUUGUGAAGUUUUAUUCCACAGUGAAACUUGGUAAGAGAUUGAUUGUUUCAAGUCUUCAGGUGUAGCUAACUGAAAGAAAACCAAAUUGCCUUGUAUCAUUGAACUGUAGCACACAGAACAGGUUGCAAUGGAUGCCAUUUAAAAAAUCAACACAUUACUAUAAUGAUUACAUGAAACCAAACUUAAUUAAACAAAGGCUACAUCAUCUGUUCAAUGAAGCAAUUACACAUAGUAGUAAUGAAGUAAGAGGGAGGUCACAGUUUGUUUCUUAGCAAACAUAAAGACAUCGGAUUUUCACAGUCCAUUUCAAUUGUGUAUUCACUAUCCAAAGGUAUUGUUUUUUGUCUAGCUUAAACUAAACAAAGGUGGUUAGUUUUAGUUGCCAAAGCUAAUGUCCAUUUUCAUGUUCUGUCCUUUUCUGAAACUGCAGUCUGCAGAUCUUAGAGUGUGUAUGAAGUUUCCAUUAUUCACAGUGGGAGAUGGGCACAUGGAGCAUUAAUGAAUAGACUUGCAGUAAGACAGUGUAUUACUUGUAGGGAGUACUCGGUUACUUAAAUUAUCAAAAUGUAAGUUGUUCUUGUGCUUUUUCCCUUCUGAUGACUUGAACUUGGAUAGAAAACUUAGAAGUAAUUAUAUUAACGUUAUUAAAAAUAACAAUAAAAAGUUUACAAACUGCUUAGAGUAGUUCAGCAUGUCUUUUGUAUUGAAAAGGUGAAGUGGAAUUUUCUGGGCAUUUAUUUCCACCUUGUAGACUCAACAUGGUGAAGACUUGUGCAUGUUUAACUUUGAGCAGAUGAGCAGACACUGAUUAAAAUAAUGUGAGUUUCUUGCAUGCUUAAAGUAAAGCACAAGCUUCUUUCAAAGUCAGGCCCUCUGCGUGUAAAAUCUCUGCUAUGAAGAAUGCUAAGAAUGUUCUCUUGUUUUUUAAUAUAUUGUUAGUAAGCAUUUGUUUGUAUGCUUUUGUUUUAAAUAUAGAACCUGUAAAACAUCAAUCUUUAAUAUUUCAAGCCCUUUUUCUGAGAUGUUCAGCAGGAAAACUAUUUAAGUUAAUGGCAGGAAUUCCUGUGACAGAUGGUUCUUCAUUGGUGUCAUGACAAUCAGUGUGGUUUGAAUAAUGUUUGCUUUCCUCUUUAAAGGCUGAAUGGAAACCUGAAUGUCUGUUCGUGUCAUUGUGCUGCAGUAAAAUUUUAAAGAUUAGGAAGUGGAUUGAGGUAUUGAUCUGGACUGAAUCUGUUUAAAAAAAAAAAUCAGUUGUGGAUUUAUAAAAAGAGCAUAUUUUAAAACUGCAAACUUGUUUUAUAUACGUUUGAAUUGUUUUUAUUCUGAAGGGCAACAUGCACUCAAAUUUAAGUGGUGCUAUGUUAUAUUCUACAGAAACUGUAACGUGAAAUCAACUUUCUCUAUUUGAUGUCAGAAAGCAAAAGUCUGAGAAGCACACCUAUUGCCAGGUAUCUAACAUCCUUGAAUAAUCAGCUUGUACAUUAUUUUUUAAUGAUCUUAGAUAAAUGACAAGAAGGCACAGGUCCAUUUUAAUAUAUUUUCUAUGACUUGACUGUGGGCUGUAUUCUUUAAGAAGAAAACAUGUUGCUUACGUGUGUUUUAUCAUAAAUUGAAUUAAGGUAAAAUCUGGGAAUAUUUUUCAUAAUUACUCUGUACUCUAAAAUACAUUGCAAGUCAGUGUUCAGUUUUGUAACUGAGAAACUGCACAUUUUGUAAGUGUUGUAUCUGUUUGGCAUAGGCAUACCAGGGAGCUCUGAGCUCUUUAAAAAAAAAAAUAAAAAAUCCCAUUUUUAUAAAAGGAAUGAUCUAAUUUUAAUUCCUUGGGAUAUUUUCUGGAAGUCUCUGCUUACUAUCCUCUAGAAAGCUAUUGUUUAUGCUAUUAUAUUUUAAUUUCAGAUUCAAACCUCACAAGAGUUAUUCAUUUAUCACAGCUACCUUUGUGGAAUCAACAUUGUAUGUGUAAUAGCAUAUUCAAAUAAUAGCAUGAUUUUUUUAAUCUGAAUUUUAUAUCUAAUCAAUGUCUUCAGUCAUGAAGAGGAAUUUGCAUUGUUGUGUUUGUAUAUAGAGUAUUGCAGUGCAUGAUUUAGCUUAUGCAUUUUAUUAAAUGCUGUUUAAAUGUGGCAUUAUAUUGUUGUGGCUUAAUACUACUACCUAAAUGAGGUUUAUACUAUUAAAGUGAAUUACAGAUAUAAA